GCCACUGGUAAGUGACUAACUUUUACACGCUGAACUGGUCCUGAGAACUGAGAUAUCUUCUUUGUAAGUGAAGAAUUAACAACAUAAUCUUGAAGAACUGCACAGUGGUGUGAGCCAGAGGCAUACUGUGUGUGUGUGAUGGACUGAGAAACAGACAAAUGAAUCUUAUUGAAAGGAUGUCUCCUCUUUUGUUUCUAUUUUCCAGUGUUAGUGUUGUGCUGGCUUAGAUUGUUACCUUUUUCUGGUACCUUUUUUUCUUACUGUUUUUCUAUUCUGAUGGGUCCUAGAAAUCCCUCUCCUGACCCCUUAUCAGAAUCAGAGAGUGAGGAAGAAGAAAAUGCUAACUACCUAAAUGAGAGCUCUGGGGAAGAGUGGGAUUCCUCUGAAGAAGAGGACCCUGUGGUGCCCAACCUAACACCUCUUGAGAGUCUUGCCUGGCAGGUUAAGUGCCUUUUAAAAUAUUCUACAACUUGGAAACCUUUAAAUCCUAAUUCCUGGUUAUAUCAUGCUAAACUCUUGGAUGCCAGCACACCAGUGCACAUACUUCGAGAGAUAGGUCUAAGACUCUCCCAUUGCUCCCAUUGCGUACCCAAACUGGAACCAAUUCCUGAAUGGCCUCCUCUGGCUUCUUGUGGAGUCCCGCCUUUUCAAAAGCCCCUUACAAGUCCCAGCCGGCUUUCUAGAGAUCAUGCCACUCUAAAUGGAGCCCUGCAGUUUGCCACCAAACAGUUAAGCCGAACACUGAGUAGAGCCACUCCCAUUCCUGAAUACCUAAAACAAAUUCCCAAUUCAUGUGUUUCUGGUUGCUGCUGUGGCUGGUUAACUAAAACAGUUAAGGAAACAACCCGCACUGAACCCAUCAACACUACUUACUCCUACACUGACUUCCAAAAGGCAGUUAACAAACUCCUGACUGCAUCACUAUAAGGACCCACCAUUCCUUCUCAUGUCUGUCAUGUUGCUGCCUGAGAGAGGAAUACAGUUACACAGCCUGCAGUUGAGAAACUAAUGUCUUCUCAACCAAACUGUGCCCCGUCCUGACAAGCUGAAGUACGAUCCAGUACUGAAUAUAUACCUGAGACUCAUGACUCAGCUACAAAAAAUGUGCGUUGUGAGCAUUCCCUUUCCUUUGAAAGACCCUGUGGAUAAGAUGAGGACUUCCAUAGAGAAAUAGUCAAGAGGGACAUUAUUACAAAAGACAAGUUGACUAUUCUCCACACAAUUCUCAACCCAAUUUACUCUGCCUAAUGGACUAACUAGACAUCUAAUUAUUAAUGGGAAGGAAAAGUAGGCCACUACACUUUUUGUUACCCAACCUUCAGAGUAGCCAUUGUGGAAGUGGGAAAUUAGGUACUCCCAAUGACACCCUUCUGAGAGUACUUUUCUCUGAUACUCAUUUCUGGGGAGAUAGUUGAAUUAAAUUGAAUAACUAGACAAAAGACAAUGGUGGGAAUAUGGAUUUGUCUCCCAGCUUUUAUACUGAGAGGCCUACAUAUGGCGCCCCCUAGGGAUUCCAACUUUGUGAGGGAGUGCGGUGCUGUGGUAGUAGCCUGCACUGCCCCAGGCCUGUUACGGUGCCUGCAAUUACAGCAUGAACAUUUUAUGUCAUAGGCUCUAGCUAAACUGGUUUAUAAGAUCAUACCUGCGGAUUAAACAGACACCUGCUUUGUAGGGCAUAUAUUUCCUGCUUCUUGGCACCCAGACUUUAGUCAAGAGCAAAUAAAACACAUACCAAGAGACCAGUGGGAAAGGAUUAAGAGCAGUUAUGCUUUCAGUAUUAACUGUUAGUGGAUUAAAGCAUUUAAUCUGUAUGAUGUUUCCUGGAGCAGUACUUUAUGCACUUUCCGUAUCCGUUGCAAACUUCAGGAACCCUUCUAACUUUAAAGAACCUUACUGCAGAAAUCUCAGCCUAAUACAAUCUGAAGUUAAAGAGUUUUUUAGCAUCAUUGUUUUUCUAUAUCUAGCUUUUUUUUUUUCUGGCUGAAUAGAAAGUGUAUGUAACCUUGUAAAUGAGUCUUGCUGUGUUUAUUUAGAUGAAUCAAAACAUAGAAAUCAACAUACAUAAAAUGCAUGAGACCAGUCUUUUCACUCACCUGCUAUAAAGAGUGAAACCUGUGUGUGAUCCUAGUUGACUGGACGUCUAAAGGGAAUCAUAAAAUAGAUUGUUAAAGAUAUAUCAUAUAUCCCCUUCCUUAUUUUAGUUUUGCUUUCUCCUGUUCUCCAUAAUUAAGUGCUGUAUACAAUGUGGCAUCAAAAAAUUGAAGCAUUAAUGGAAUCACAAAUUCUAUACAUGUAUAGCAACUUCAAGGAGAGAGAAUGUUUAUAACCUAAUGAUUAAUUUCUGCUGAGCCUUAGUUGUCUUAAGGAAAAAGGAGGGAAUUGUAGUAGGUAGAAAAAAUAUUUGUUAAUGGAAAAUAACUGAACUGAAACCAUAUAAUGUUAGUGUAACUGAAUGUAUCAGAAGCUGUUCCUAUGUAUAUGUUCUAUGGCAUUGGUUUCUAAAAUGUUACAAGACUCUGUUUCUUUUUUUUAAGGGGGAGGUGGGAAGAGUUAGGGAGAUCUGAAAAUUAAAAUAUGUUGAUGUUUAUGUAGCCAUAAUAUGUUCCUUUUUCUGUGUGUGUGUGUGUGUGUGUGUCAAAGUGCCUUGCUCAUGAACACAUUUUUUCUGUUCACUCCAAGAGGAAGACUUUCCCCACCUUCCCAGCUGAAUAAACCAACAGCUUUGUACGUGCUAAA